UACACACAUUUUUUUACAUGAAAAGAUCUUAAUCGACUUUAUAAACCUUUUCCAUUUCCGAGAUUUUCUCGCAGCAGGAUUGUUUUUAUUUUCGUUUGAGUGUAAAAGCUAACCAGUGUACAUGAGCCCACGCUUUACGACGGGAGUUUGCGUUCCCAUGGCGACGACGUAACGCACCAGUAGUCAUAAUUAUAGUUAAUAUUUGAAAUGAAAAUUCACUUCUUGCAAGUCUUCUAGGCCAUAAACACAAAACGAAUCACCCUCGUAUCUGCGCAUCUCCUUGAGGUGCUGUAGAUGGCACUGUAGAUACACGUGGGUUGUUUUGUUAGUUGUUCAUCGUAUUCACAUUGCGUUCGCAGAGAGGUUAUGUGCAGUUUUUUUUUCUUACGUGUAUUCAUUCCAAGACUUGGGUUUUAUAUUCCCCAUUCAUAUACUCAUAAUCUAAAUAACCCAAAUGAAGCGUACAGUUUGCAAUGCUGUAUGAAAAUAUUGCAACAGACUGAAAUGUUUCUAAGAUAACUCAUACACUGUGCAUGAGAGUGACAGCGCAUUCAUUACAGUUCUUAGUGUGAUGCAGUAUAUUGUAACCCCACAACCACAAUGACAGACAUAUUGUUUACCUGAGUGUUUAUGUUCGGCUACUGUGUUGUAGCUUCCUGUGGAAGGUGCUCUUCCAUGUGCUGUUUGUAUGUCUGCUUCUGAUUGCCGUGUUGGUCCUGCUGAUGCUGGCAGUGCGUCUGUGGCUGAAAGGGAAAAGGAACAGUCGAUACGCAAGGACCAGACGUCAGGCAGUGGCCUUCUUCCACCCCUACUGCAACGCUGGCGGUGGGGGAGAGAGGGUGCUCUGGUGUGCGAUCAGGGCUCUGCAGCGAAGGUACCCAGAUAUCGACAUUGUGGUCUACACAGGCGACCUGGGCGUUUCGGCCCACGAGAUUGUGGAUGGAGCACGGCGCCGAUUCAACAUCGUGCUUCCUCGGCCGAUUCACUUUGUGUUCCUGAGGCUGAGACUUCUUGUAGAGCCCAGUCUGUUCCCUCACUUCACCCUGUUCGGUCAAAGCAUCGGCUCCAUCUUCUUGGGAUGGGAGGCGCUCACAGAAUUUGUCCCUGACAUUUACAUCGACUCAAUGGGAUACGCGUUCACUCUGCCACUUUUCCGCUUCCUGGGAGGAUGCAGCGUAUGCGCUUACGUCCACUACCCCACCAUCAGCACUGACAUGCUGUCGGUGGUGAGAGAAAGGAACCCCAGGUACAACAACCCAGGUUACAUUUCUGACAGUCUGUUCCUGAGCGCCGUCAAAGUCGUCUACUACUGCCUGUUUAGUCUACUCUAUGGCAUGGCCGGCUCCUGCAGUGACCUCGUUAUGGUGAACUCCUCCUGGACACUUGAGCACAUUCUGUCACUCUGGCAGGCGUCUAACCGCACCAGCGUGGUCUACCCACCCUGCGACGUCAGCGCAUUCCUGGACAUUCCUCUAGAGGAGGAUGAGGAGCAAAAAUGCCACUCGAUCAUCUCUAUCGGGCAGUUCCGGCCUGAGAAGGAUCACCAGUUGCAGAUCAAAGCUUUCAAGAAGGUGUUGGAUCGGCGAAGGGAAGCCGCAGUGGGGAGGGAGACCUUGAAGCUGAUCCUGAUUGGAGGAUGCAGGAAUCAUGAGGACGAGGAUAGGGUACUGAUGCUGCGGGGGCUGUGCCAGGAACUGGGUGUGGCCGACAGGGUGGAGUUUAAAUUGAACAUCCCCUUUGCGGAGUUAAAAAGAGAGUUGGGCGGGGCCACUAUUGGACUGCACACCAUGUGGAAUGAGCACUUUGGGAUUGGUGUUGUGGAGUGCAUGGCGGCAGGCAAAGUGAUCCUUGCCCACAAGUCCGGUGGUCCCAAGCUUGACAUCGUGGUGCCUUUCGAGGGAGGCCAGACGGGUUUCCUUGCCGGUGACGAGGACAGCUAUGCUGAGGCCAUCGAGGAGAUCCUAAGUCUGGCGCCCUCUACUCGCCUGCAGAUACGACGCAAUGCUCGCCAGUCAGUGGCUCGCUUCUCAGAUCAAGAGUUUGAAGUGUCUCUGCUGGCCGUUUUGGAAGUGCUGAUGGGGACGCUUGAACGAUGAAAAGGACUGCAUGUUUUGGACUGUAUAGAUGCAAUUUGCGACUGGAGCCUUUGAAACGUUGCACUUGGGGACAUUUACGGGACAUUCCGAAAGCCUUGUGUUCCAACAUUUGUUAUUUGUAUUAUUCCUAUUUACCACAGUUUCAUCCCUACGGUGACGACUUAACUCAAUGCAAGAGUAAACUUAUAAUUAAAGUAAAUAUUUAAAAAGAAGACCUAUUAGACAUAAAUCUCACUUCCGAAACCUCAAAACCACAUAUGUUGGGAGCACUUCAAACCGAGGAAACUUGUAUUGGAAACUUCAGACCCUGUUUGCACCAUAACAAAUGCGGAAUGAAUCAAAGGAGGACCAAAUAAUUUUUCAGUGCGCUGUAUACUGUUGGACUGAAUACUUUCAGGUCAACUGACAAUGGUUUGUAUGGAUGGAAAUGACUUUUCACUGGAAUUGUACAUAAACAUUCAACCCUGAAGGAAAUUCAGACUGAUGGUGUUGAAUGAAGCUUCCUCCCGUGACCUCGGAAGUAAAAAACAAAAGCAACCAUACAUCAGGAACUGUUGGAAAAUACUUUGUGCAAAGUGAAGUUCUACCACAUUUGCAAAUGUUCUCCUGUCAUGGUUAGCGUAAGUUGAAUUGGCACAAUCAAUAAUGCUGGACAAAAGUUGAGAAGAGUUUCAAGAGUUCAGGGGGCACAGGAGGCGUUGCGAAUGGGAUGAAUGGGUCCAAGCAGUCUUUUUGUCAAACAUCAAUAAAAGAAUACAAUGAUUUGCAAAUCAUGA